AUGCUGGAGGAAGCACUGGCGGCUCCAGGUUCACACUACAGGUCGCAAGGAGAGCUUCGGCAACAGAUCGAGGCCUGGAAGGAGACGGACCGCGCCAAUUUCGAUGCCGAUCGCUACUACGACUCCUGGCGGGCGGCCGGCUACACGGAACACAACCGUGGCUCACAGGAGACCUUGGCCCGACGGGCUCUGCAGCUGUGCUCCAUCCCUACAGGGGAGCCGCCUGUGGACCACACCAAGGAAUGUCUUCUGGCCGUGGACCUGGGUUGUGGCAGCGGCCUCUCCACUGCAGUGGCCGGCGGCGUGCGCGCGGCCACCCUGGGUACCAUUGGCAUCGACCUCUCCUCGGAGAUGCUGAGAUCCCCUGAGUGGGAGGAGGUGUCAUCCCAGCCAUCGCCAUUGUCCGGCGAGCGCUUGCGCUGCGAUCUGUCGCAGCCCUUGCCAUUUCGCGCUGGCGUCUUCGACCUCUGCUUCAGCGUGUCUGCGGUGCACUACUUGGCGCAGGCCUCGGCAACGAGGACGGCGGAGGAGCGCAUCGGCGCCCUCACACGCAGCCUCCGUGGGGUGCUGGCUCCAAGCUCCAAGCCUUGUGCCCUCCAAGCGUACCUGACGCGGGACUCCAACGCCCUUCAGCUCUUCCGCGACGUGGCUCUCAAGGAUGGCUGGAACCUUUGCGACCUCGUGGUGGACCAGUCUCAUGGGCGUCCAGCAGAGAGAGACUUCCUCUACCUGGUCCGAAGCCUCAGCGAGACCACGAGGAAGCCCCCGAGAUGCGCGCUCUACGCCCACGCCCAUGCCUCCUGCGCCUUGGCCAUGGAGGCCUGGGCCAAGACCUCCGGAUUGCCCCCGGUGUGCCUUGAUGGAGGCCAUCGAGCAUGGCUGGUCCGUGAACAUGAUCGGUUUGCAAAGCGUCUGGUCCGGCUGCGCAAACGGUGCCAAACUGACGGUGCGCAGCUCGACCACGCGCAGCCGCUGGACGCCCAGUCGCAGCUCUUGGCCGAGAAGCUCGAAGGUGCGAUUGCGGAGUGCGAGAAUGUUGACGAGGAGGCAAGACUGUCUACGGUCCUGGGCCUCUUGCACGCAUAG